CAUAUCUGAACCGGUGUCGAUCAACCAACGCCCGAUUCGACAGCUUUGAACAGAUUCGUAACAGAUAACAGAACGACGAGAUCGUAGUCUAAUCUGUUCUGACUCGACGAACCUCCUUAAGCCUGUUUUCGACCGGUCGCGACUUGUAGGAGACGCGCAUUCGGUCUUCAUCAACAGCUCGCUGCAGGAUCAAAGGGUCCAAAACUCGCUAACACUCACGCCCACCGUACCCUAAGCACCAUCACUGUGCGAAAGAGCAACAACAACAACACCCUACUCUCAUCGUCCUGACCGCCAUGUCGACCCGGACGAGACGAGCCGGCCCAGCCGGUACCGACGAGAUUCCUAACCAUCACAUCAAUACGACCUUGCCAUCCUCUUCUGCUUCUGACCACCCUAAUCACCCGGUACCAGAAUCGACACCGCAACGUAAACGACGACUAGAUGUCAACCCGGAUAACAUCAUCCAGGUCGAGUCCGGUAAUCGACUCAAGCGAAGACGAUCGCCCUCGGUCUCUCAUGGAGAUGGUGAAGGUUCGGCUGUGGGGAGAGCAGGGGGAUUGUCACCUGAACAGGAAGCUGAGAGGAGGGAGAAGGCCAAGUUCAAGGGGGAGGAGAUGUGGCAGGCGGUCAUGUACGAGCAGGAGGCCGGAGGACGAUUCCUAGCCUCGGAGUUCAUCGGUCUCCCUAACAGGCGACAAUUUCCCGACUAUUACGCUCUCAUCAAACACCCCAUGUCGCUCACCGACAUCAAGGAGAAACUCUUCAAGACCUGUUACUCUGGAGCACCCUCUGCAUCAACGGACGCGGUUCCGAACUCGACCACGCCGCAAGAUCAACAAGGUCCCGGAGGGUUGAAGAUCAAGCUCAAGUUGAACGUCAAUGGCCAUGCUAAUAGUGUCAACGGGCAGAACGGGGCGACGGGAGCCGGGGUGGACGCGACGAACGAUGGAGAGAAAUAUGAUGGGUAUAGGGAUCUCGACGAGGUGAAGAGGGAUUUCGACCUGAUCUGGGGUAAUGCCAAGCGAUAUAACCAGAAGGAGUCUGGGAUCUAUAAAGACGCUCAGAAGCUGCAUAAAUUGACGAACAACCUAUACCGAGAGGCGAUCACAUCUGGUACGGAACCCAUACCAUCAAUGGCCACGUCAGAGGACGAGCGUAAGCUUUCCAUCUCGAUGUCGAACGCCCCGGGUUCUGAUGUCAAGGACGAGGAGGAGAUGGACAAGCCGAGGCCGACCAAGAAGAUCAAGCUUGGGGUGUCACGAGGACCGGUAGAAGUCACGGACAAGGACAAGGACGUCCAUAUGAGCGAGCCCGAGCAAGCGGUCGAUCAAGGGAAAUUGAUCAAGGCUGGAAUCAAGCGGCUGGAGACGGCGCAGGCUGGGUCCCCUCCGCGAAAGAUUGCAGACUUUUUCAAGACGCUCCCCAGUAAGAAGGAUUAUCCGGAUUAUUACCUCUUCAUCAAGACUCCCAUCAGUCUCAAAGAGAUUCGAAACAAGUCUGACAAGAACAAGUACGACUCGAUCGAGGACUGGCAGAAGGACGUCAGGAUCAUGUGCGAGAAUGCCAAGUUUUACAACGAGGAAGGUAGUCUCGUGCAUUCCAACGCGGAAGAGGUCGAGAAAAUCCUGGUGGACAUCGUACAAGAUGCCUAUAAGAGGCUGGGCAUUUCCCCACCAAUCGAGGUUCAGGCGGCACCAGGACCGAAACUCAAGUUCAACGUCAGGUCUACAGAACCUACCCCUACACCAGCCCCAAUUCCAGCCGGUGUCUCUUCGCCGGCUCCGUUACCGGCACCACCAGCUGUCUCGACGCCGAAAGUACAGCUUAAAACGCCUGCUCCGCAUAACGAAAAGCCCAGGACCCCGGCGAUGCCUCGGAUACCCAGUGGGAGUGGGCAGGUCCCUUCGACCCCCUUGCAACGGCCGGCAGUCGCGCAGAGGUCGUCGUCGGGCGCUACCCCUCAGGUUCACCCCAACGUUGCGCCUCUACCCGUCGCUCCGCCCUUUCCUACCCAGGCUACUGGUCCACGACCGGGGCCUUCUAUGCAACAUAACGUAUCGAGCCCUUCACCCAGGAUGGGCUCUGCAAUUCCGCCCGCGCCUCAUCGACAUGCGUCUCAGGUCGCGACUCCAGGACGUCCUCCCCAGAUCCCACCAUCUCAGGGCUUUCCUAUGGCUGCACGACCGGCUAACUUACCUCCGCCUAACACACCCCAGCCGGGAAUGUCAAGGAUGAAUCCGUCGUUCCCCGCGACUCCUCUGGGGGUCGUGCCGCAUACACCACCAGCUCCCCCGCAACGACAACCUUCAUCCCAUAUGUCAACACCGGCGCAUCCACCGCGAGCGAUACCGGCCCCGCCUGUCCCCCGGCCUCAGGUCCCGAUGAUACCGCUCAUCCGGCGUCCGUUACCGCCUCCACCUACGGUCGAAUCACUAGACUUUGCCUAUGACACAGCAGGGACGGGCGGUAGCAAGCAACUCAAGACGACGCGUCUGCGCAAUAUGCGUGGCGUAACGAACCAUUCGACGUCGAUUCGUCAGGAGACUACGAGGCUGGAGAUUGUCGCGCAUCUAGGCAAGCAGGUCGCUGAUGCGAACAAGCCGAAGGCGGCGGACGGUUCCGCUAUGGAGGUCGACCCACCCGUGGCUCUGUUGAUACCAGCCCCGCCGCAUUUCAGCCUCAAAUGUGAGGGGAGGAGGAUCUCUGGAACGCCAGUGUCUAAAGACCCCGGUAGUCCGGUCGUAGGCUACAAGUGGGACGUCCCGGUGACAUCCCGAUCGGCGAUCUCUACCAUCGAGAUCACGGUCGACAAGCCCGUCGAGAAGGGUCAUGUCGGCAAGGCCAGUCGACCCGAGACUUAUCUGAUCUGGGUCGGAAGGCAGUUGUAAGAGUGAGGGGGAGAGGCAGACGUGCAUGCCGAGCGCGGGGACGAAACGCGAUAUACUACAACAACUCGCUCAGUUUGAGCUUUCAUUCGAUUUUGCAAUUCUGUUUCGUGCAGCAUGUCAUCAAAAUAUGCAUAUUGUCAGACUUCCCUCCAUUCUCGGUGUCUCGCAGA